AUCUUUCCCCUGGUUUCUUUAGCAACAUUUGGGUGGUGGCAGCGGAAGUUUUAUUCCCAAGAUCUAGGUUUUUAAGAUUUUGGGGGAAGUUUUAUACCAAAGCCUGGUAGAUAAGGCUUUGGGGUACACUUGCUGGCCCCCACUUCUGCAUUUAUCAUGCCAGAGUGGGGAAGGAGCCAUGACAUGGUGGUAGCGGUGGGAUUAUUUUGAGAACCCAGGAUUUUUAAAAGGGCACAAGUUUUCUUUUGAGUUGCAAGCUUUGCAGUUUUCCUUUUGUUUUUUCUUUUGUUUCUGGGCUGCCUCAGGGAGGGGCAGACCUUAAGCCAGACACAGACCUACCCAAACAGUUUGUUUUUUUCUAGCUUUCGGGACAACUGGAUAGCUAGGCUAGAAUAGAGCAGGGAAGGAGCCCAGUACAUGCUCUUGCGAUCAGGUAAGGUAACCCUAGAGAACCCAAUCCUUCCUAAGCAACACCCUGAGGCAGAGACAGCCUCAGAGCCCGGCAUGAUGUUAAGUACCGGGAAAGAUUCCAACCCCAGAGAGGGGAAACAAGAGCAUACCUCUGUGAGCCCGGGGGAAGGGAUCUUGAGGAGGCAGGAGCAGCCGGCUGCCGCUCUCCCUCUCCCCCACCUGUGCCUUCUGUGUGUGAUUAUGCCAUAAGGACCAGCAGGCCUCUAACUGACAAGGAGAUGGAGUUUUUCCUACAGCUGGAGGACAGGCGUGCACGAGAGGCUGAAGACAGACGUGCACGAGAGGCCGAAGACAGGCGUAUACAACAGGAGGUGAAACUGGCAAAGAUCGCAGCAGGGACGAGGCGAGCAGAACUAGAGGCCCAAGUUGCGCUGGAGAAAGCCAGGCAGCCGGACACCUCAGGUAGCCCACCCAACAAUCCCACCUCCAUCAUCACUGAACCCCCCAGAAAGCUCCCCAUGUACCAAGUAGGGGAUAAUGUUGAGGACUUUUUCCUCAACUUUGAGAGGGCCUGCCAGGGGUACAACAUUCCUCCUGAUCAGUACAUGAGAGAGUUAAGAUCCCAAAUCGCUGGUCCCUUACUGGGGGUAGCCGCAGACCAGCCAGGUGACAUGGCAAAUGACUUUGAACUGUUUAAGCAGGAGGCCAGACUCAGGAUGGGCCUCACUCCUGAACAGGCCCGGUGUCGCUUCAGGGCCUCCAAGUGGACCCCAAAUACACCGUUCCCCGAACAUGCUAGUCGUGUCCUCAAAAACUGGGAAACGUGGCUCUCUGGAGAGAAGGCCCACACUCGGGAAGAAAUCUCUCUCCUGAUGCAGAUGGAACAGUUCCUCGAGGGUGUUCCAGGAGAGAUUAGAGGGUACAUCUGGACGGAAAACCAAAAAACCUCAGAGAGGCAGCAGUGCUUGGGGCCAGAUGGAUGGAACUGAGGGGCCACAGCAGCCUGGAAAGCAGUCUGAGGGGGCCCAUCAACACCUGGGGAUCCCCCCGAUCCCCACCUCGCAGAGACGGGCCCUAUAUACACCCAGGAAGACCCCAGAUCUCUCCCCGUUCCUCCAUACCAUCUGCUGGGAGCCCCUCCCCCUGUUCCAAUGAUACCGCUGGGAGGCGAUGCUUUAAAUGUAAUGGACUGGGGCAUGUAAAGGCCGACUGUCCCCAGAGCACCAGCCGGCUACAACUCAUCACUCCGGGGUUGCCACAAGGAGCCUCAGGCCCAGAUGCCUCACUGAUCCCCCUAGAGCGGAGGGAGACUGUGAGAGUGGGGGGACGGGAAGUUAUCGCAUGGAGAGACACCGGGGCACAGGUGUCAGUGAUUCACCACGCUCUAGUGGACCCCAAGGCCAUUGACCCAGAGACUCUAGUCACCAUUCAACCCUUCAAGGCCGACCCCUUCGACCUGCCUACGGCCAAGCUACCAGUUCAGUACAAGGGCUGGUCUGGAACUUGGACUUUCGCAGUCUAUGAUGACUACCCCAUUCCUAUGCUGGUCGGGGAAGAUUUGGCCAAGCACGU